CUAUGCUGGCCUCUCUAUACUGACUUCCUGCCUAGUUCAGGAUUGAGUUCAAACUGGGUUUUUUGUGUCCUGAUCUUAUUUCAGCCCUGAUAUCUGGUUGAACAUUAAUAUAACCCAUAAACUUCAACCAGCGCUCAGCUUAAUUAUUCAUAGAUCUGCUUUAAAAGCUGAGGUACCACAGCUUUGUUGGUGGCAGCACCUAAUUUAAGGGAAAAACUACAUUGGCACAUUAAAGUUACGCGGACCAAACAUUAUUUUUUUGCUUGUUUUCAGAGUUGCCUGCUGAGUUAAGAAGUCGAAGUUGAUGAAGGAAUGUAAGACUUUGCCGGAUAGCCCAAUUAAAUCGGAUAAGGCUCCAAACUCUGUUUGACGAAGAAGACAUGGAGACAAAAGUCAAGGUGGUGAUAAUUUCGGUGGUUGCGCUCAUAUUGCUUGUUCUUGGUCUUGGUCUUGGGCAUGCAUCUGAAAAGAAGAAAAGUCAAGAUUGUCCUCCAAUCUCACUAGAUAUGGCUCCAGACUCUGUUGAUGACAUGUACGACAAAUGUGAAGAGAAGAUGAAGGAAAAAAUAGAGACAGACUUUUUACAAAAUGAGAAAAACAAAAAUAAAAACUUCAAAGAGGCCUGGAAUAAAGCUGAGGAAUACUACAAUAGAAAAUGGGAGAAAAAUAACCUGCCACUGAUGAAAGAACAAAUCAUGGCUGCUCAUGCGUACACCCUUGAAGAACCACCUUUGUACCGUGAAUUCAACAACGCAGUCCGAACACAAAAGUCUGAGUACAAAACCAAAUUCCCGUAUCACACUCUGCAUUUCUACCUCACCAUGGCCCUGCGCACCAUCAAACCCAAACCAGAAAAUUGCAUCACUGGCUACCGUAGAGCAAGCUGUAAAUUCAGGAAAGAUGUUCUCAACAAAGAGAUUCGUUUUAGUGCUUUCUCCUCCAGUUCAGCAGAUGGCUAUUGUGAUAAAAUGUUUGGUGAGGAAUCAUGCUUUGAAAUCACCACAUGUUUUGGAGCAGACAUCUCAGAGUUCUCUGCGUUUAAGUCAGAAAGAGAAGUCCUGAUCCCUCCGUAUGAGGUUUUUAAAGUAACAGAAAUACAGGAAAGCUCUGAGCACAACAAGCUUCCUUGUAAGGUUGUCUACAAACUUCAGAGCACAAAAACAACAAGUUCCAAUUUAAACUGUGCUUUUUUCAACUAGAAAUGAAAAAUUCUGCUCUUUGAGACAAUGACCAUCUACAAAGAUCUCUCCAACCUAUAUCUU